GGGGGCGGGAUGACGUCAUCUUCCGCUCCUCGAAAGGUUUGAAGUUUAUUGAUUGAUUUGUGCGAAAACUUCAAGCAAGUCUUUGUUAGAACCUCUUCUUCUUACAAGCAGCCAACGAGGAACGUCCCCGAUGCAUCCAUGAAUCUUAGCGGGGAACCGAGCCUCGUCCUCCUGCUGGCGCUCCUGCUCGCAGCGCAAGGUUGUUUUGCGUCCAAAGCAGAGGACCGAUUAUUCCGCAAGUUAUUCCGAAGGUACAACCAGUUCAUCCGACCGGUGGAGAAUGUGUCUGAUCCGGUCACGGUAGAAUUUGAGGUGUCCAUAUCUCAACUAGUCAAAGUGGAUGAGGUGAAUCAGAUCAUGGAAACUAAUCUGUGGCUGAGACAUGUUUGGAACGACUACAAGCUGCGAUGGGCCCCUGUGGAAUAUGAUGGAAUUGAGUUCAUCCGAGUUCCAUCCAAUAAGAUUUGGAGGCCUGACAUCGUUUUGUACAAUAAUGCCGUGGGGGACUUUCUCGUGGAGGACAAGACCAAGGCUCUGCUGAAGUUCGACGGCACCAUCACUUGGGUUCCUCCGGCUAUAUUUAAAUCCUCCUGCCCCAUGGACAUCACCUACUUCCCCUUUGACUACCAGAACUGCUCCAUGAAGUUUGGCUCCUGGACCUACGACAAGGCCAAGAUCGACCUGGUGCUCAUUGGCUCCAAGGUGAACCUGAAGGACUUCUGGGAAAGUGGCGAGUGGGAGAUCAUCGACGCUCCCGGUUACAAGCACGACAUCAAGUAUAAUUGCUGCGAGGAGAUCUACCCGGACAUCACCUACUCCUUCUACAUCCGCCGCCUGCCGCUCUUCUACACCAUCAACCUCAUCAUCCCCUGCCUCCUCAUCUCCUUCCUCACCGUCUUGGUCUUCUACCUGCCGUCCGACUGCGGCGAGAAGGUCACCCUCUGCAUCUCCGUCCUGCUGUCCCUCACCGUGUUCCUCCUGGUCAUCACGGAGACCAUACCCUCCACGUCGCUCGUCAUCCCGCUGAUCGGCGAGUACCUCCUAUUCACCAUGAUCUUCGUCACGCUCAGCAUCGUCAUCACCGUCUUCGUGCUGAACGUGCACUACCGCACGCCCAUGACUCACACCAUGCCUGAGUGGGUUCGCUCGGUGUUCCUCGGGGUGCUGCCCAGGGUGAUGCUGAUGAGGCGGCCCAUCGACCAAGGCGGCUCGUCCACCGCCAGCAUCGCAGCCGGCACGGGCGGAGUCGGCGGCGGGAACAAGAAGAGAAAGAACAGCGUCGGAAGCGGGUCGGGAAGCGUGAGCAUCGGAGGCAUCACGGGAGGCGUUCCGUGCCCGUCGCUGGAUGGCGGCGCCGGGGCCUCCUCGGCGGGCGGCUCCAUGAACUGUAUCGAGUACGGCGAGAUGAACCGUGACGCUAAGCGGGAGAUGAACAGAAGGUGUCCCUACAGAGGCAAGGAGGUUCCCACGCCCGUCCCUCCCGCCUCAUCUCAGGGCGCCCAGCAAAGGCCUCCUGAGUCGGAGUUGCCCAAACUCCCGAGGUCUUUGAACGCACCCUCCCCGGUGAACGCUGUCGUGGCGUUCUCUGUGGUCUCACCUGAGAUCAAGCAGGCCAUUGAGAGUGUGAAGUACAUCGCCGAGAACAUGAGGACGCGCAACAAAGCCAAAGAGGUGGAGGACGACUGGAAGUACGUGGCCAUGGUCAUCGACAGGAUCUUCCUGUGGGUCUUUGUGACGGUGUGUGUGCUGGGAACACUGGGACUCUUCCUUCAGCCGCUCAUCAGCUUUUUCAAAUGAAAUACGCACUUUCUGCUCCUCUUCCUCUGUUUGCGUCUGGAACUCCAGCGGGGGAACUUCACCCCUGCAGCUCUCACGUCACAAACUGGACUGACGCCUUUUGUCCUUCUUCUAGUCCUUUCCCUGCGGUGCUUGUCAGUCAGCACUCCUCGCCGUCUCUACACUUGACUUACCCGGAAUCUAAAUGUUUAGGAAGUUACAUCUGUGUCUAUUUGUCUAUUGACUUUCACUCCUUUGCCGUCUGUCCUCUUAGUUUCUUCUGCAAAAACCUUCAUCAUCCAGUAGAAGUAGGAUCACAUCCACAAGCAGUGUGUUCCCAGCAGGCACGAGACAUUGAAACUACGUUGAGAACUUGUUGAAUGAGGUCCUGACGUUGAGAAACUCAAACAUAACGUUGAAACAACAUGCUUUUUGACCACGUUUAAUCAAUAACGUUGUUUUGACCAUUGAAAUUCGGUCAUUUCCCAACCAAUAUUCUACAACACAAAUACAACGUUGAAACAACAUGCUUUUGACGACGUUUAAUCAAUGUUGGGUUCUGAAAUUGAUUGGACCAUUGAAUUUUGGUCAUUUCCCAACCAAUAUUCUACAACACAAAUACAACGUUGAAACAGCAUGCUUUUUGACGACAUUUAUUCAAUGUCAGGUUGUGACGUUGAUUUGACCGUUGAAUUUUAGUCAUUUCCCCACCAAUAUUCUACAACACAAAUACAACGUUGAAACAACAUGCUUUUUGACAACGUUUAAUCAAUGUUGGGUUCUGACGUUGAUUUGACAUUGAAAUGUAGUCAUUUCCCAACCAGUAUUCUACAACACAAAUACAACGUUGAAACAACAUGCUUUUUGACGACGUUUAAUCAAUGUUGGGUUCUGACGUUGAUUUGACCAUUGAAUUUUGGUCAUUUCCCAACCAAUAUUCUACAACACAAAUACAACGUUGAAACAACAUGCUUUUUGACGACGUUUAAUCAAUGUUGGGUUCUGACGUUGAUUUGACAUUGAAAUGUAGUCAUUUCCCAACCAGUAUUCUACAACACAAAUACAAUGUUGAAACAACAUGCUUUUUGACGACGUUUAAUCAAUGUUGGGUUCUGACGUUGAUUUGACCAUUGAAUUUUGGUCAUUUCCCAACCAAUAUUCUACAACACAAAUACGUUGAAACAACAUGCUUUUUGACGACGUUUGACUAUUGAAUUUUGGUCAUUCCCCAACCAAUAUUCUACAACACAAACACAACGUUGAAACAACAUGCUUUUUGACGACGUUUGACUAUUGAAUUUUGGUAAUUUCCCAACCAAUAUUCUACAACACAAACACAACGUUGAAACAACAUGCUUUUUGACGACGUUUGACUAUUGAAUUUUGGUCAUUUCCCAACCAAUAUUGUACAACACAAAUACAACGUUGAAACAACAUACUUUUGACAACCUUUAAUAUAUGUUGGGUUCUGACGUUGAUUUGACCAUUGAAUUUUGGUCAUUUCCCAACCAAUAUUCUACAACACAAACACAACGUUGAAACAACAUGCUUUUUGACGACGUUUGACUAUUGAAUUUUGGUCAUUUCCCAACCAAUAUUCUACAACACAAAUACAACGUUGAAACAACAUGCUUUUGACAACGUUUGACUAUUGAAUUUUGGUCAUUUCCCAACCAAUAUUCUACAACACAAAUACAACGUUGAAACAACAUGCUUUUGACAACGUUUAACUAUUGAAUUUUGGUCAUUUCCCAACCAAUAUUCUACAACACAAAUACAACGUUGAAACAACAUGCUUUUUGACGACGUUUGACUAUUGAAUUUUGGUCAUUUCCCAACCAAUAUUCUACAACACAAACACAACGUUGAAACAACAUGCUUUUUGACGACGUUUGACUAUUGAAUUUUGGUCAUUUCCCAACCAAUAUUCUACAACACAAAUACAACGUUGAAACAACAUGCUUUUGACAACCUUUAAUCAAUGUUGGGUUCUGACGUUGAUUUGACCAUUGAAUUUUGGUAAUUUCCCAACCAAUAUUCUACAACACAAAUACAACAUUGAAACAUGCUUUUUGACGACAUUUAUUCAAUGUCAGGUUGUGACGUUGAUUUGACAGUUGAAUUUUAGUCAUUUCCCCACCAAUAUUCUACAACACAAAUACAACGUUGAAACAACAUGCUUUUUGACAACAUUUAAUCAAUGUCGGGUCCUGACGUUGAUUUGACCAUUGAAAUUUGGUCAUUUCCCAACCAAUAUUCAACAACACAAAUACAACAUUGAAACAACAUGCUUUUUGACGACAAUAAUUCAAUGUCAGGUUGUGACGUUGAUUCAAACUAUGAAAUGUGGUCAUUUCCCAACCAACAACGUGGAUACAACUAUUUUACAAAGUUGUUUCAAAGUCAGUUUUAAAGGACAUGUAUGUAGAAUCGACGUUGUAUCGAUGUCUUGUGCCUGCUGGGUUAUCUUCACGCUAAAUUCUUACAGAUCUUGGGGAGACUAUUGUCCUCAAUAGAAGGAUGAACAUAAACUGAGUACAUAACCCCAGAAGGCCAAGAUGUCACAGUAAGUAUUAUAGCUUGUUUUAUACUUAAUUAUUGCUCAAUUUAAAGCAUACUUCAUCCUGUAAGGCUGUCUAAUGUUCAAGGUCAGGAUUUGAAUGAAGGCAUAGAUUCUAAGUGAUCUUGAGACAUUCAGGGAUUAUAUUUCAAGGCCAAAUCGAACAGAUGGUUCAAGCAUACAUUGUGAGAUAUUCCCAUCUAUACACGUAUAGUAAAGGCCUACUGAAAUGAAUUUUUUUUAUUUAAACGGGGAUAGCAGAUCCAUUCUAUGUGUCAUACUUGAUCAUUUUGCGAUAUUGCCAUAUUUUUGCUGAAAGGAUUUAGUAGAGAACAACGUCGAUAAAGUUCGCAACUUUUGGUCUCUGAUCAAAAAAAAACCUUGCCUCUACCGGAAGUAGCGUGACGUAGUCAGUUGUUCACUCCCUCAUAUUUUCCUAUUGUUUUCAACGCAGCUAGAGCUAUUCGGACCAUUACCCCAUUAAUUUGAGCGAGGAUGAAAGAUUCGUGGACGAGGAACGUUAGAGUGACGGACUAGAAUGCAGUGAAAAACAUAUCUUUUUUCGCUCUGACCGUAACUUAGGUACAAGCUGGCUCAUUGGAUUCCACACCCUCUCCUUUUUCUAUUGUGGAUCACGGAUUUGUAUUUUAAACCACCUGGGAUACUAUAUCCUCUUGAAAAUGAGAGUCGAGAACGCGAAAUGGACAUUAACAGUGACUUUUAUCUCCACGACAAUACAUCGACGAAGCUCUUUAGCAUGAGCUAACGUGAUAGCAUCUGUCUCAAAUGCAGAUAGAAACAAAAUAAAUAAAUCCCUGACUGGAAGGAUAGACAGAAGAUCAACAAUACUAUUAAACCAUGGACAUGUAACUACACGGUUAAUAAUUCUCAGCCUGGCAAAGCUUAACAAUGCUGUUGCUAACGACGCUGAAGCUAACUUAGCAACCGGACCUUACAGAGCUAUGAUAAAAACAUUAGCGCUCCACCUACACCAGCCAGCCCUCAUCUGCCCAGCUCAUCAACACCCGUGCUCACCUGCGUUCCAGCGAUCGACGGCGCGACGAAGGACUUCACCCGAUCAUCCGUGCGGUGGCCGGUUAGCAUCGGCUAGCGCGUCUGCUAUCCAAGUGAGUAAUCCUUGUUGUGUUGCUACAGCCAGCCGCUAAUACACCGAUCCCACCUACAACGUUCUUCUUUGCAGUCUCCAUUGUUCAUUAAACAAAUUGCAAAAGAUUCACCAACACAGAUGUCCAGAAUACUGUGGAAUUAUGAAAUGAAAACAGAGCUUUUUUGUAUUGUAUUCAAUGGGGAAAGCAUACCUCUGUUCCCCGGGCUACGUCACGCGCAUACGUCAUCCUCCGAAGGCUUUUUCAACCGGAAGUGUGGCGGGAAAUUUUAAAUGUCACUUUAUAAGUUAACCCGGCCGUAUUGGCAUGUGUCGCAAUGUUAAGAUGUCAUCAUUGAUAUAUAAACUAUCAGACUGCGUGGUCGCUAGUAGUGGCUUUCAGUAGGCCUUUAAAGGACAUGUUUUCAUUAAACAGGGCACAUAAAGAAACACAAGAAAAUGAAACAUGUGUGAGGUUGAAAGGCACAUUCCUUCAAAUGAUCCAGGGUAUUGUUAGUGUGGGAACCUUGCAACUUUUGUAGGGGAUUGAAGGGUCAUAGUAGUUAGCGUACAAUAGAAAAUGUGCACAGUAGAGUAGGGCUGGACUAUUCAUAGAAUUUUGAUUUUGAUUAUAGCAUCCCAUUGUCAUAAAAAUAUUACAAAGUUUGUAUAUCCUUUGUUAUUUUAAAUAACAUUUACAGUUGAGUUUUGGUGGUACAAUAGAUACUCAUGUUUUCAAAUGAAUGAAUAAUCGUGUUAUUAAUCGUGAUUUCAAUAUCAAAGUAACCACGGUGAUUAGUUUUGCCAUAACGGCCCAGCCCUACAGUCCAGACAGUUCUGAUUCUGCACAUCCUUUUCAUCGAGUCAUUUUCAAACACUGUACAAAUCCUGAAGUACGGGUAAGUGAAGAGCACGACAGUUGUCGACGUCUUUAACAAAUCACGUCCACUAGAAUUAUAACCACGAUGGAACCAUCACAUGUAUAGAAAAGCACUUUGCAAAGACACCGUGGAAAUUAAACUUGA